AUGAUGGCCGUCGCACGCCCAAUGCGACGCACAAGUCCCAUCACCUUCUUCCUGGCAGCCUUCCUCGCCUUCGGAUUCCUCUUCUUCCUCCUCUCCCCGUCAUCCUCCGCCACCACCACCGCAGGAGACACCUCGCAGCAACGCCGCGAAGACGCCGCAGACCACCCUCUCUCGCCGCCCACCAAACCCUUCUUCAACGACUCCGCCGACAAAGGCGAACGAGUCCUCAUCCUCACCCCCUUAGCCCGCUUCUACCAAGAAUUCUGGGACAACCUCGCCCACCUCAACUACCCCCACGAACUCAUCUCCCUGGGCUUCAUCAUCCCCAACACAAAAGAAGGCUCCGCCGCCCUGUCCGCCCUGGAAACCGCCAUCAGUAAGACGCAGAACGGCCCCAUCCCGUCCCGCUUCGCCAGCAUCAGCAUCCUGCGCCAGGACUUCGAGCCCCCGCUGCAAUCCCAGGACGAAAAGGAGCGCCACAAGCUCGAGAACCAGAAGGCCCGCCGUGAGAGCAUGUCCCGCGCCCGCAACAGCCUCCUCUUCACCACCCUCGGCCCGUCAACCUCCUGGGUCCUCUGGCUCGACGCCGAUAUCAUCGAGACGCCGCCGACGCUCAUCCAGGACCUGACGGGCCAUAACUACCCAGUCAUUGUCCCGAACUGCUACCAACGGUACUACAACACCGACCACAAGCAGAUGGAGGUCCGGCCGUAUGACUUCAACUCCCCCAACCCGAGACGCGUGAUCGAGCUCGAUGGCGUCGGUGGCACGGCGUUGAUGGUCAAGGCUGAUGUGCAUCGUGACGGAGCCAUGUUUCCGGCUUUCCCCUUCUAUCACCUCGUUGAGACGGAGGGGUUCGCUAAGAUGGCUAAGAGAUUGGGGUAUCAGGUCUUUGGGCUGCCGGAUUAUUUUGUAUAUCACUACAAUGAGUGAAAGGCCUGUCAUGUUUUUUCCCAUUUAGAUUGUGUUUUGUUUUAUGUAUUGAUCGAUUGCAUCCGCGCGCUGUGCGCAGGUUCGGUUUUGCCCUGGUCGUGGGGUCUUGUUUUGCAUUUCCUUCUGUCUUACGAUGCUUCCUAAACUUGAUGGUCGGAUGGGCGUUGGUUUGUCUUGUAUCAUGUGGUUCUACGUAGAGUGGGACGGAGGUCCGUCUGGUCUGAGUCUAUGUCUUGCCAGGAACGGGGCUGGCGCUAUUGAGAUAUUAUUCUAGGUCCCAUUACAUACAUACACGCGAAAUCGUUUUCA